CCUGAACGAUAAGCGGUAUAGAAGAUGGAUUUACCUUUUAUUAAUUAACAUCAAUUGUGUAUGAGACCUUAACAAAUCUUCUCGGUUGUGUGGUUCUCUGUAAACAGUGUUGUUGUGCGCCCCAAUGUGGUAACUAUGUACAUUACACUAAUGAAGAAUGAUUUCAUUAGUAAUGGUGCCUACUCCAGCCUUGGUCCAUUUGCAUAGCAGAAAUGGAUCACAAAUUGUUCUUAGUCCAAUUCUUGAAAAUAUGAAGUCAAAGGAUGACAAAUAUGGGUUAAAUGGCCAAAGAUUAAAAGAAGAAUGCCAUUUGGCUCACAAUGUGAUUUCACUUUUGUUCUUCUCCAGCUCCAGAACCUUCCACAGCUACUUCAAAGGCCUUGCCAGAUAGUCCCACACUGAAUGAGACCACACUACUGGAGAAUGAAGAGGAAGGCUUUGCGCUUGAACCUGUGGCUGUUACACAUAGGUCUCUAUUCGAAGGAUGUAACAAUCACAAACAGUACCCCACCUUGUGCCAGAUGCUCCCUUGGACAGGCUCCAGGUGUCUUAUUGGCUCUGUAUCUGGAUUUGAGAGAAGCUGAAACUGAGAACGCUGACAGUUUUCUCAAAGUACUGAAGAUGGUCUUCUUCACACAACUCUUCACCUCUAAACGUGGACCCCUGGCCAGGAUCUGGCUUGCAGCCCAUUGGGAAAAGAAGAUAACCAAAGCCCAUGUGUUUGAAUGUAACCUGGAGGCGACGGUAGAGGAUAUUAUUUCUCCUCAGAUAAAGAUUGGGCUGCGGACUUCAGGUCACCUGCUCUUGGGUGUUGUGCGGAUCUACUCUAAGAAAGCCAAGUAUCUCCUUGCAGACUGUAAUGAUGCUGUGGUUAAAAUCAAAGUGGCUUUCCGACCAGGACAGUUGGACCUGCCUGAGGAAGGGAUGGAGGCCAUGGUUAAAGCCAUUACACUGCCUGAAGAUUUCAAUGACUUUGAGUCACAGCUGCCUGAUCUCAACACUAUCGAUGUGGUAGAUCACUUCUCACUGAACCAGAGCCGCACAGAGGAAAUCACUAUGAAGGAAAACUUUGGAAACAGUUUUCUCACCAUGGAUGACUUGGGAGAUGAAACCCAAUCUCAUCAGGGACUGUUUGACACAAGUUUCCAAAGUCUUGGUGCAAAUGGUGAUGGGUUUGGUGAUGAGGGCAUGGCUUUUGAUCUUGUUGAUUUCAUAGCAAAUGCUAAUGAGAAUGUAUUUCUGACUGAUUCCUAUGGUGAAUCAUUAACUGAGGUCCCUGCAACACCCCCACCAACUGCUAUUAAUCCUACAGAACCUUCCACAGCUACUUCAGAGGCCUUGCCAGAUACUCCCACACUGAAUGAGACCACACUGCUGGAGAAUACAGAGGAAGGCUUUGCUCUUGAACCUGUGGCUGUUACAUUCUCUUCAGAGAGGAGGAAAGGGAGCAGGAAAAGGAAGCUGGUGAUAGAUCAGUCUAAGGAGCUUUCUAAUGAAACCAUCAAAACCCAGCUAGCAGACUAUUCUGACCUGCUGACCCCACUUGACCUAGCUCCACCCACACGGCAGCUCAUGGACUGGAAGGAAAAUGGGGGCGUGGAUUAUCUCUUUUCACAUUUCUGCACUCCUGUCAUGGAGAAUGAUUUGCAGAAGCUCUUCCCUAGAGAUGUGUUACCUGGGGAAAAGGGGCCAAACAGAAAAGCUGGAGAUGAUAGUGACCCCAAGGAGACGAGGGAGCAGGCGAGAGAGGCUGAGAGUGAGAGCACUGCUGUGCAUAUGAUGGAGGAGAUGAGCUUACUGCAAGAGACUGUGGAACAAAGCAGAGCAGCAGAGGAAUCCAGCUUUAUCGAACCAUCUUUCAUACAUGCAGAGCCUCCAGAAUCCAUUGAAAGCAGGCUGGAGGUGUCGCAUCCAGAGCCACUCUCUGAGGAGUCGAUGCUGGUUCAUCCAUCUGAAACAGACAGUGAAACACCACUGAUGCACACACAGACGAAGCACUCUUUCUUGGACAGCCAGAACAGUGAGGAGAAGAGAAUGACUAGUCGAGCACAGAAUCUCCUCCAGGCCAUCAGAAAGCAGAACAGCAGCCCUGAUGCCACAUUCAGCCUUCGUGAAAUGUGUGAGAAUCGCAGUCGAUCCAACACAGCGGUCACGUUCUUCUGUCUGCUGGUGCUGAAGAAACAGCAGGCCAUAGGCUUGCAGCAGAGUGCCCCCUACAGUGACAUCAUCAUCACACCUGGUCCCCGUUUUCAGACGCUUUAGGACAGAGAGAUUAAAGAAGAGCCCUUUUAUGAAACUUCGUCCACCUGAGUACUGAGGCACUGGAGUUUUAAGGAGCACCUUAACGGGUCUGUUAAACAACAUAAAGCAAAAGAUGUUCGCCGUUUUGAGAAAAGCACUCGCACUGUUUCUCUUCCUGUUCUGUCCUCCAUUCUGAGCUCUGACCUGCAGGACAUAAUUGACUAGAAUUUAUCCUGACACGAAACAAAAUGGACAGGUUUUGUUCACAGGUUUUGAGUUUCAGUACGUUUAGUGGACUUAACAUUCAACCAGAAAGACACACACAGUUUGUGUGUGUGUGUGUGUGUGUGUGUGUGUGUGUGUGUGUGUGUGUGUGUGUGUGUGUUGUAACCAGUUUAAAAGUUGGUUUUGUUUUGUGGGGUUGCAUCAGACUUAGUUCUGGGUUAUAUUCCACGUCCUUGUUAUGUUUAUCUUUGUAAUCUAAAGUUCUUAUUUUAUGGAAACCAAGUUAACUUUUUUCAUGUGGUUAUUUGAUAUAUUUAUGAUGUGUGUAAAUGUAAAUUUGGCUGUAAUGUUUGACAUUCCAUGAUAUUACUCACAGACUACACUGGUGCUCUAUGUUACCCACAAUUCCGUUCGACUACCUGCUGAAAGUGGUGCCAGUGGGAUUUAGCUCUUGCUUCAUCUCCAACUAAGGAGAGCGCUGCAGCGGCGCUUUAGUCUGUCCAGCUCGCUCACCUUCUCAUCUGUGUCCUCUGCUCCACUUUCAUACUAAUACCACCGACAAAGUAGCCAAGCUGAGUCUCUUCCAUAACUCAGCACAACUGUCAUAGAGCUGCAUUGCAUUCAGCAAAUUUUAGUCCAAUGUUUGCACCAUCAUUACUUCUAUACUAGAUUUCUCAUUAAUACAAAAUCGAACCUUGCUGGAAACUGUGUAGGAAAAGAAGCUCUUGCUCUUUUGUUUUUAAAAGCCAUCAGUGAAACUGUACCGUCAUCCCUUUUGUUUAGUUUUUCUCCUAUUAAAUGCCUUUGUCACUGCGCUAGCAGUGUCCCUCUAUGAUAUCAGCACAGCACUCAUUUCUCUCAGGAGGAACAAAAAUACAGUACCAAACAACACAUUGGCAUCAGAAUUACAAA